AUGAGGUUCGAGAUGAACAAACUCCUCAAGAAGCCAAUGUUAGAUGGGCAAACUUAUGUGAUUGAAGAUGGCUCAAACUUGGUGGACGAAGUGAGUGAGGAGAUGCUUCUUGACGACCCUCUGGAGGUAGCUUUGACUAAAGCUGAAGGCGAUUACGAUUUCCUGAAUGAGGAAGCCGAUGGCUUCGGGAAGAUGAUGGAUGCGAGCGGCAAGAUGGAGAGACUGGUGGCGUUCAUGAGCUUGGAGGAAAAGGAAGAUCGAUCGAAUGCUGUGCCAGAUCGAUCGAAUGACCCUAAGGAGAGUCCCGACAGCCCUGGAGCGAUGAAUGCUGAACUGAACAAUGUUGAACUUGCUUUGCUUCUCUGUGAGCUUAGGAAGUAUAGAAAAGCUAUAGGGUAUUCGCUAGAUGACAUCCCUGGAAUUUCUCCUGAUCUUUGCAUGCAUAGAAUACAUCUAGAAGAUGAAUCGAUGACUUCUGUAGAACAUCAGAGGAGGUUAAACCCGAAUCUAAAAGAUGUUGUCAAGAAAGAGAUAAUGAAACUUCUAGAUGCUGGUGUAAUUUAUGCUAUAUCUGAUAGUAAGUGGGUCAGUCCUGUGCAUGUAGUUCCUAAGAAAGGUGGUAUAACUGUUGUUAAGAAUGAUAGGAAUGAGCUGAUACCCACUAGAACUGUCACUGGUCAUCGCAUGUGCAUUGAUUACCGCAAACUGAAUGCUGCAACUCGCAAAGAUCAUUUUCCUCUCCCAUUUAUUGAUCAAAUGCUUGAGAGAUUGGCUAACCAUCCAUACUACUGCUUUUUAGAUGGUUACUCAGGUUUCUUUCAGAUCCCCAUCCACCCAGACGACCAGGAGAAGACGACAUUCACAUGUCCAUAUGGCACUUAUGCAUAUCGCAGAAUGCCGUUUGGACUGUGCAAUGCACCGGCGACGUUCCAGCGCUGCAUGAUGUCUAUUUUCACUGACCUUAUUGAGGACAUAAUGGAAGUUUUCAUGGACGACUUUUUGUCUAUGGAAGCUCCUUUGCUGUCUGUUUGUCUAAUCUGUGCAGGGUAUUGCAGCGGUGUGAGGAGAGACAUCUUGUGCUGA